GAGGGGGGAUUUCCUGGCUCCUUCAGCCUACAACAAAGGGCUUCCCUGGCUCCUUCAGCCUACAACAAAGGGCUUCCCCAGGCUGCGCGCCUACAACAAAGGGGCUUCCCCAGGCCGCUUUCAGCACUCAGCCUACCACCACGGGCUGGGGUAAACAGGCAGCUAUGGAACGCCAGUGGACUCGCCAAUUGAUCGUGACGGUCGCCGUCAGCUGUAUUGCCUCGCUGCAGUAUGGCUACCACAUGUCAGAGCUGAACGGGCCCUCUGCGGUGCUCUCGUGUCAGGCCAAUGUGCCAUUGCCCGGUGUUCCCUACGAUUCGACGUGGCUGUCGAGACUUGGACUGAAACCGUGCCUGACGAUGGACGAACAGGGGGUGGGACUGGUGACGAGUGUGUUCAGCAUCGGAGGUCUUGUGGGCAGCUUGUAUGCGGGCUGGUUGAGCGGCGUAGUUGGCCGUAAGUUCAGCAUGGCCAUCAACGGGGUUGUGUUUGUCAUUGGCUCAGUGAUUGAGGGCGUGAGCAAUCACAUCGCGGUGCUGGUGCUUGGGAGGUUGAUAUCUGGGUUGGCUGCUGGCUGCUCCAUUGUGGUGACUCCGCUGAUGAUCAGCGAGGUGAGCCCAGCUGGACUGAGAGGGCUGCUGGGCUCCAUGAACCAGGUGUGUAUCAACCUCGGUAUUCUCCUGACACAGGUACUGGCCGUCAGAUGGGCCAAUUCCAUCCAGUGGAGAUACCUGCUCUUCACAGGCGCACUUCUAGGCCUCGUAAACUCAAUUGCGGUGGUUUUGAUCGACGAGUCUCCCAAAUGGCUGGCACUGAAGGGUAGGGACGCCGAGGCCAAGGCUGCCAUCCUGAGACUUCGUGGAGACCCUAAUUCCGUGGCUGAUGAGUUCAGACGAUACUCGAACGUUGAAGAUCAACAGCAGCUCAUUGCCUCUGAAAGUGCCACUGGCUCCAAUGGAAAGGCUCCAAACGUUUCACUCAAGCAGUACGUUUCAGAUCCGAAUUAUGAGAACUCUCGAUUAGUCGUCAUCACAGUAUUGGCAGGCCAGCAGUUCUGUGGGAUCAAUUCGAUCAUCUUUUACGGCGUGAACACCAUCAGAAAACUCUUGCCUCAGUACGCUGUCAUCAUCAACUGUCUGAUCUCCUUGGGCAAUGCGGUCAUUACGUUUAUUGCUGCACCGUUUGUCGAUGAGUAUGGCCGUAAACCAUGCCUCAUAACGUCCGUGUCGACAAUGGCAGCUGCUUCGGCACUAAUGGCAAUCGGCAUUGUGUUCUCCAUCUCAGUCUUAUCGGUAUUGGCAACGUUUGUAUACGUUGCAGCGUUUGCCAUUGGAUUGGGCCCAAUUCCUUUCCUGUUGAUUUCGGAAGUUACACAGGAAGAGGCCAUUUCUACUGCGCAGAGCUAUGGAACAGUGGUCAAUUGGAUCGCCACUUUCCUCAUUGGAUUCCUCUUCCCAAUCGUGGACGGGUGGAUCGGUGGCUACGUCUACUUUGCAUUCGCUAUCAUCUGUUUGCUGUUUGUCUCCUUUGUCAUGAACAAGUUACCAGAGACUAAAGGCCAUAAGAACUACGACUCUGUCUGGAACAUACGGGUCGAUUGAAGCCUGUGCCUCACUAAAUAUGUCUAUACCAGUUCGUCUAAUGGCUCUGCACACUUCCAGCCCAAGAGAGGCGUGCUCCAC